AGUAAGUUUGUAUUCAUUUUGUCUUCCUUUAAGAAGAAACGACAGUCACGGCAACUUUAAACUUUGAGUUUGCUGACUGAAGACAGGCUCCUCCGGAUCUGGGCCAUGGAUGAAGAGUUGACGCCUUUGGACUGCCUGCUGCCCUCAGGCACACAGAAGAUUUGUCUGAUCCUUCUGAACCAGCCUCUAGAUAAAGACUACCUACACAUCCUGUGGGGUAAAGCUCUCCUUAAGGCCUGCGCUGAUGGAGCUGCCAAUCAUCUUCAUACCAUCACUGCUGGAGACAGAGACAGUUUCCUGCCAGACUAUAUCAGUGGGGAUUUUGAUUCCAUUACUGCAGAGGUAAAAGCUUUUUAUGCAGACAAGGGAUGCAGGCUGAUCGAAACGGCUGACCAGGAUCUAACGGACUUCACCAAGUGUUUGGCCAUCAUGUUGAAGGAGAUUCAGGAAGAGCAGUUAAAGGUGGACGCCAUCGUGACGCUGGGUGGUCUCGCUGGAAGAUUUGACCAAACAAUGGCAUCGGUUGAGACGCUCCACCAUGCCCUUUCUAUGACUCAACUCCCCGUGUUGAUCAUUCAGGGCACUAGCCUGGUGUGUCUACUCAGACCUCAGGGCAGCCACAGUCUGGAGGUAAACACAGGCCUGGAGGGGGAGUGGUGCAGCCUUAUUCCCGUAGGUGGACCCUGCAAGACAGUCACCACGGGACUCAAAUGGAACCUGAAUAAUCAAGUCCUGCAGUUUGGGAAGCUGGUGAGCACCUCUAACACCUUUGAGCCCGUUGCUCCUGGAGACCCCAGGAAGCCCGUAACCGUGACCACAGAUCAGCCUCUACUGUGGAGCAUGGGCAUCCGUAAGAAUGGGGAUGACACAGAGUAGAUUUUGUACUGACAUCUGUAUUUGACACAUGGAUAUUCUACAACUCAGUGAAGACAAACUGACUUGUUCUGAUGAUUUCACAUGCAGUAUUACAUGGAAAUACCAUUUCUGUUUUCAUGAAUAUUUGCUUAUCUAAUGGCCAAGCUUUAGUGGACCAUGAAAACUGACCAAAAAAGCUGCAUGUUGUUUUAAACAUUUGCCAACUUGUUUUAUUUUUACAUUUUAUUUUUUAAGAACUACUGUAAAACUUCUGCAGUCUAUUCUGUGUGGACGUUUUACAGUUUGAACAGUUUUACUGCUACAAUAAUUAAUCCAUGAAGACGUAUCUGAUACUGACUGGAGAAUCUUAGGUCUUACUCUACACUCCCUUCUGGUUCUUCUCAUGACUGUAUGAUGUUGAUGUAUGAUGUAAGUUUAUUAUGACAACUUACGAGGACUGAGAUGACAGCACACUGCAGUGUGAUCUGUUAAGAUAUAUGCU